AAUAAUUUCUUUUUUAGUAUUUUUCUCUGAUUGUUCCUUUUAAUAUACAAACACCCUGCAAAAGAAAAAGACAAAAAGGAAAAGAGAAGUUGACACAUUGUUCUUAAACAAAAUAAAAAGCAAGGUAAGAAGAAAGUCAUAACAAUUAUGGAUGUAGGACGAUGCCCCACUUGUCAAUCUCCUCUAAAAUACACAAAACUCUCAUCGAAAUGUGAUGCGUGCUACGAAGAUUACCAUGACAACAAACAAGGCUACAAGUGUGAUUACUGCUCGUUUUGUCUCCACGAGGAAUGCAUUAACGCUAACCUUCCUUCUCGUCAUAAACACCCUCUCAAGGUCACAAAUAGCUAUAACUCAAAGUUAUGUUAUCUUUGUGAAACCAAAAGGUAUCCUCAAAUACUUUAUCACUGUUCACAAUGUUCUUUCAGUAUAUGUAUCCCUUGUGCGAGAAAACCUAUCAUCUUUGACCAAACUAAGGCUCAUGACCAUGAACUCGUCCAAGUAAUGAUAAAAAUCCCCUUCACUUGUGAUGCAUGUGGGUUGUGUAGUACAGAAUAUCCGUGUCUUUGUCUUCAAUGUUGUUUCAUGAUCCAUCGAGCUUGCAUCUUCUUACCACGUGUUAUAUACAUCAACCGUCAUGACCAUCGUAUCUCUCAUGUUUCUUCUCUUUCCACUGGGAAGUGGAUUUGUAGGGUAUGUUAUGAGCAUGUCAAUGAAGACUAUGGGGCAUAUGCUUGCUCGAUUUGUUCUUAUUUUUUUCAUUCAAAAUGUGCAACAAAUACAAACAUUUGGGAUGGGAGAGAACUUGAAGGGGUACCCGAAGAAGAUGAAAAAGAAGAAAUCAAACCAUUCGAAGUGAUAGAUCAAACCCUAAUAAAACAUUUUAGCCAUGAACACAAUCUCAAGGCUUCUAUAUCAUCAUCGAGACUAGAGGAACCAAGAGAACGUUGUUGUGCAUGCACUCUUCCUUUUUAUUCUGAAAUGUGCUAUAAAUGCACACAAUGUGAUUUUAUUCUUCAUGAUUCAUGCGCUAAUCUUCCUCUAAAGAAAAGACAUGAGAUAAGCACACACAAACUUAUGUUAUGUACCAAAAGUCAGCUUGGCGCAAACUUCGAAAAUUCGUUUUUUUGUGUUACAUGUCAACGUUAUUGCACUGGUUUCUCAUAUAAUAUUACUGGGGAUGAAAACAACACCCAACAUAGCAUUGAUGUGCGAUGUGCUUCAAUUUCCGAUGCAUUUAAACAUGAAAGUCAUCCACAUUGGCUAUUUGUAUUUUUUGAUUUGUUUUACUCAAGGUGUGAAGGUUGUGACUUGAAUUGUUGGUUUUAUCUACGUUGCAAGGAUAAAGAUGAUUGUGGUGGCUACAAUUUAUGUUUCACAUGCGCAACUUUACCCACAUUGGUAAGAGAUAAAUAUGAUGAUCAUCCUCUUUCAUUAUGCUACGGUGAGAAAAAUGUGAAUGCGAGAUAUUGUUGCGGGAUAUGCGAAGAGGAUGUACAUUCAAAGAGUUGGUUCUACAAAUGCAAUGAAUGUGGCUCCACUCUUCAUACUAAAUGUGUAUUUCAAAAUCUAAUACACUCAAGGUCUGGAUACAGUUUAGUGAUUGGUAACAAGGGGUCAUUUGAUUUGCUUCCAAACAAUCGUCUCUCUCGGCCAAUUUGCUAUUUAUGCAAGAUCCGUUGUAUGGGUGAUUUUGUUCUCCACAAAAAGGCGGAUACAAGUAUAUUCAUAUGCUGCUCUUGUGGAUUUAAUUAUAAAGAUUUGGUUAGGAGGUAUUGAAGACUAUAUAAGUGAUAAGUGUGUAUUGUGACGAUUAGUACUCAAUUAUUUUAUAGUUUUUAGCUUUCUGUUCAUGUGUCUUGUAAUUAAUUUAUAAUAAUAAAAAUUAUACUGAUUAAGGUAACAUAACAUAUUAUAAAAAUAUAUUUCUGGUGUUUUACAGCCUUUUGUUUUUA